AACAGUAAAUACGAGGUCCUCAACACAAAAGUAGAGUUGGUAUUAAAGAAAGCGAAUGGUAUUUCAUGGCAAACAUUGACAUCUGAUGAAGCACCACUUAUGACGACAACGUUCGGUGUUUCUGGAGGAACGGCUACGGUAGGUGCCAAGGAAUAUAUACUUGCUACGGAUUCACCCUUGUACGCAAACAGACAAACGUAA